AUGUUUCCUUUCCUCUACGACCAGCCAAGAGCUGCCAUGAUCUCCAUGCUUGAACGUGCUGCGUCAGCACUGUUUGAUCAACAACAACAAACCAAUUCCCUACCCGAUCCCACACAAACUCAGUUACCUUCCUCUCACCAAACCAACAACGCGAACAACAAUGUCUCCACAUCCAACCGAGUCAAUAAUCGGACUUUGAUGAAUAACUUUCUCAAUAACGGCAUCAUCAACACGUCCACUGCUUCUAACCAGUCUACUACGAUUAUCGACCAGACCAAGGCUCCAAUUUCGAAAGAGCGCAUGUUAAGCAUGACCUCUGAGGAAUUGCGCUGCCUUGCCGAGAAGAACUCCACCGCUGGAAUCAAUAAGGACCAGAUGGACAAGCUGAUCGCUUUCCACGAAAGUCAACAGCAUGCGCUUGCCAUGAUGGCCCUCGAAAUUGGGGUAUCUGUUUCAGCUAUUGAAGCAACUUGGGGUAAGUGUAUCGCAGUCCGAAUGGCCACAGCAUGGAACCGAUUCUUGCAGAGCGACAAGGCUAAGCAGCUAUUUAAAAUACAUGGAGGUGUAGCAAACGGUCAGGCCAUGAGCGAGCUUUCGAGGAUGUGGAAACACAUGUCACCCGAGGCGAAGGCAACAUUCAAGGCUCCAUUGCCCGAUGUGGACCUUGACUUUGGCGACAAAAUUGUUAGCAACAAGAGAGCACGUCAAAUCGUUCAGCCUCGAACAGUCCUCAAGGCUAAUCCGACCUCCUUGCAAAAAUCAGAAAAGCAAGUUCAAACGUUCUUGACUAACAUUAUUGCCCAGCAUGUGGCUGCACACAACUUUCAGCACCGGGUUGCUACUCCAGGAGCGCACCUGGCUGUUGAGCUGAUCACUGAGACGGCUGGAACUGAGGAGUUUGCUUCUCUAGUUCAAAGCUACAUUACGGGUAACUCUACUGAGGCGCUUGAAGCCAAACGACAAUGCAAAGGAAACAACGCAAAAUCCAUCAAGAAGGAAGUGUUUUCCAGGUUGGGACGCCUACUAGCUGAACACACCAACACCGCUUUAAGCAACUGGCCUUGGUCGAAUUGCGACUCUACUCUUGCAGCUUUUGGACUUUGGGUCGCUUUGACCAGACCUGAAAGCAAGUUGAAUAUCAACGUUCUCAAAACACCUCCAGCCAAACUCAGUGGACCAGACAGCCGAUUGAUAAUGUUUGAGCUUGACCAAGGGGGUAUUGGUUCCCUACCAAUUGAAGGUACCGAGGAUGACAUUACCUUAGAAUCUGACUGA